AAGCGGGUGGAAACCCUGGAUGUGCGCAGGGGCGUAGCUGGCGGUGGGGCGUGGCGUCCCGUCGGCCCGCCGCCAUGGUGAUCCAGACCGCACUCCUCGCGGAGGAUGGGGCCAGCAAGCAGGAAGAGUGUGAUCGAGGAUAACCAGCUGCCUGCGGCAACUCCCUCCAUGGUCUUCGCCUCGACGUCCGGGCUUCUCGGCCUGUCGCGGUCGUCGGAUUACGCCGCUGUCAACGGCUAUCUCAAUGCCCUCAUCACGUUCAGACGUACGUUUGGCGCUUGUGGGCAGGCCAACAUGUGGGGGCAGAUCGCGGGCACGGGCCUGGCGGGGCACGGCACCGGCGCCGCUGGCAGGGGCGGCGCCGGGGAGCAGGUGGAGGUUCCGGUGGCGCCGCCCCUCCCCCGGAAGCAGGAGAAGAGGCCCGCGGAGGAUCUCGAGUACCCCAAGGAGUUCUACCAGCGGGACCGCGCCGGCUGGGCGGGGGAAGCGUCGGCUG